GGCGGUAAGGGCAAGUCCUCGGGCGGCAAGAGCUCUGGUGGCAAGACCGGGGCCGAGGGUUCCAAGAAGCAGAUGAGCCAUUCCCAGCGCGCUGGUUUGCAGUUCCCCUGCGGUCGUGUCAAGCGUUUCCUCAAGCAGAACACCCAGAGCAAAAUGCGCGUUGGCGCCAAGGCUGCUGUCUACGUUACCGCCGUUCUGGAGUACCUGACAGCUGAGGUUCUCGAGUUGGCAGGCAAUGCCGCCAAGGAUCUCAAGGUCAAGCGUAUCACGCCUCGCCACCUCCAGCUGGCUAUUCGCGGCGACGAAGAACUCGAUACCCUCAUCCGCGCCACCAUCGCCCACGGUGGUGUCCUGCCACACAUCAACCGUGCGCUACUACUCAAGGUCGAGCAGAAG